AUGGCUGGUCAUGGUCGUAUCGAGAAGCAAGAAUGCCAGUCAUCCUCCAGCCUCUCCAGCGAUUUGGGCUUCCUGGUCGUUGGAUCUGGCGGCUUGAUGGGAUCUGGGCCGUUGGAUCCUGCCCUGGGAAGACCUCGCUCGUCGGAUCAAGGAGGAGCUCCUGUAGCAAUGAACAGCGGCGGCUCAUGUGGAGAUAACCCUAGCCGCCUCGCUCCCGCACUCGCGUGUCCUCCCCCCACCAGCAUCUCCCUCUCCUCCUUCCCCGCCGCCGCUCGGCCUCCUCCUUCCACCCCUCCGGCCGGCUCCUCUCCCGCUCGCGCCGCCUCCUCCUCCCCACCAGCGCCUCCCUCUCCUCCUCCCCCCUGCGCGCGAGAAGGAGAAACACCACCCACCCCCCGGAGCGCUAGGAGGACGACGCCGACGUCGAGAUCGCGGGCAUCGAGCCCGAGAUCCUGCGCCUCUCCUCCAGCUUCCUCCACCUCCGCGUCUUCCGGGGCCACGACGCGCAGCCGACCGGGACAGGACCGCGGGCGAGGGGGGGAGGCCUCGCCCCCCCUCGAUCUAGACGGGGUCGUGGCCUGCCUCCACCACCGCCAGCCCGCCGCCGCGACGCGCCUUGCCGGCCGACGCCUCCGCUGUCCCGCCGCUAAUACAGGAGCCCAGCAGCGCCUCCCUCCCUGGAGGAGCCGCUCCCACCCAGCAGCGCAUCCCUCCCUGGAGCAGCCGCUCCCGCCUAGCAACGCCGCCGCCCGAAGCUGCGCCGGCGACCCGUCCAGAGGUACACACACAGUUGUUCUACAGAUUGAUGCUACGGCUGUACUGCAGUUCAAUGAGGAAGCGCGGACACUUCUUUUAAAGAAAUACAAGACUAUCAUUCACCCAGGAGAGGUUAAUCGAAUUAGGGAGAUGACGCUGUCCCCAUGGACAAGGUUAGUUGCUCCGAUCUGGACAAGCAACAGCUGCUGCUGCCGCUGCAGGUGGACGAGGCACGAGCCCUCACGGCUCCUCCCUCCUCCUACCCCUUUGACGUGGGAUGAGGCGGCAAUAGUUGCAUUCUCUUUAUAUGAACGUGAAGACCUAGAAGGUCGUCUCCUCGAAAGGGAUGCUUCAUUUACAAGAGCCGCUCUCCCCAACAACACUGUUGUGAUGUACUGAAGCCUCCCAUUCCACACGCUCGGUACUUGCACCACAACGUCACUUCUAUGAGUUGUGGCCUAGGGGAUCUCAGACAUUUAAAAUGCUUGGUUUAUGGGAUCUUUAUAUCGGUGGGGGUGUAUCAUCCAUCAUUGUUUGUUUUAGAUUUAAUCUGGAAAGCCUUCACAUUCCAUUGUCGAACAUUGGCAUGAGAGAGGGAUUUGACGGCUAUAGUGGAAAAGAAUUAGGAUAAACACCAGACAAUCAGCAUGGAAGAUGUGUUUAUGAACGACAUAUGGAGUGAACAUAAUGGCGAUAUUCGAGCCUUUCACUGAUUGCAAGAGCAAAGAUGGACUCACUGGCCACUGCGUCAUGACCGAAGAACUGAUUGAAGGAACAUUUCUUCAUGUGAACUGACCAGAUGCAAGGUACAAUGAACUGAAAGAAGAAGGGCAUUUUCAUCAAAUGAACAUUUAUUGGUUUGUCCGUUGACGGUUGCCUGAAGGAGGACCAAGACGGCGAGUUAAGAUGGGUUGCCUCUGAUUCGCCCUGUUGCGAUUGGGGUGCCUCGCCUCCUUGACACCCUCCUUGAGACUCAACAUGAGGCAAGGUGAGCUGCCGUUGGGUCUUAGGUUGAGAAGGUUUGUAAAUGAUUGAAGUGUUGUGUGUUGGAUGACUGUACAUUGUUUAACCCAGGAGAUUGUAGCCACCACCAGAUCCCCCCCUCCCCAUGUCCUCGUGCUCCUUUUGUUGCGUGCGUCUGCUGCUGCCGUUGGCUGCUGCGCCGCUGCUGGUUGCCUUGCCUGCAGCUGCUCUGCUGUUCUGCUAGGCGCUGCUACUGAUGUUUCCUGCUGCCGCUAGCUGCUGCUCCUCCUGUUGUUGCUGCUCCAUGCACUACUGGCCCGUCGCUGCUACUGCUGAGUGCUGGCCAUGGCCGAGCGGCUGUGUGUGCGCGCGCGCGCACACGCGUGCGUGCGUGCGUGUGUGUCAUGUAACACCCAUGUGCUGGAACAUUUCAUUCCCUUGUGAAAUUAAUCGUUUAUGUGUAUGAAACAAAAAUGUUCAGUUUUAGUGUCCAGUUCACUGCCAAUUCUCUUCUUGCUUUUGUCGUGACCAUGCAAAUCAAUUAUCAUGUGGAUCGACUAUGCCUUGCUUACCUUGCAUUGAGUUUAUUUUGUUGUUUGUGAUAUAGUAAGCUCAUCUAUCAUGGAUUGUUACUUUGAUUUUUUAGAUGUAAACAGUUUCUCAAACCUUCCUACUAACUUGACCAUUAUCUGCUUAAUUACAACGUUUGGACCGGCACCUUCGCACCAAGGCGCACAGUCAGCUCACCGCAAGUACACCUACGCCGCCGCCUCCCCGGGGGGCUGCAAGGUGAAGUGGACGGCCGAGGAGAAGCCGCACGGUGGGGCUGGGCUCUCAAGUGGGAGGCGGAGCUCGCCUCCCCCCAACAACGUUAGCUUUGAUCACAAGUGGAAGUGGGAGCCCAAGUCCAAGCCCGGUGCCGCCAGCAAGGCCAAGACCAAGCUCGAGGAAGCCAACGAGGAUGACAAGAAUAUGCCGGCGAUGAAGUGCACGCACAUCGAGGAGGUCCUCGCCGGCUGCAACGCCAUCCGCAAGGAUGAUGACUAUCUAAUGGUGAUUCCCUAUUCCCACAUUUUUUGCCCUCAUGUUGCAAGCUCUAAAGCUGCCCCUGCAAUUUACCAUCACAAGACAUGUCUGGGCAGCAAGUCUCCUGUGACGGUUACUUCUAAUUCGUUGUUACAAUUGUUUGAUGGUUUGCUUGUUCCAACCUCGAUAUCAUGGUUUGCUUGUUCCAACCUCGAUAUCUGCCUCUAGAUUCCCGUUGUUGUCUUUGUAGUGGAAGGUACCACCUGGUGGUAUGUUGUUAUUUUCACUUUGUUCUGAACAAGGCAUGUAUAGAUUUCAGAUUUUAGUUCCUAUCUCUCUGUCAUAAAAACUAAUGUAUGGUCCUGUGUUUUAUC